UCAGCAUCUACAACAGCCUGCGACGUUUACGGUAGAGGGUGUUUGUGCUAGCAGUCGCGGACGCUGACUCCAGCAUUUAGAUUAAAAAAAAGAAGAAGACGAUGACGAAGCAGCGACCGCGUUAAACAGCUAACUAGCUUGAGCCCGCUGGUGAAGUGCGGUUAUAAAAUAAAGGGAUUAGCAAUGCUGGCCUCGAGCUGUAGCAACACCUAAUAACGGUCGCAGCUAACAGUUUUUACAGUAAACAAAUGCUAUGAUGGAAAACGUUGCAUAGAAGUACUAGUAUUGUGUUCGUCACAGGAUAAGUCGCCCUACUUUCCCCUCCACUGAUGUGAGCGUUGGUGGUAUAGUGGUUAGCAUAGCUGCCUUCCAAGCAGUUGACCCGGGUUCGAUUCCCGGCCAACGCAAAGUCGUUUUUUCACUAAAGUGGCAACUUUUCUGUUCUACUGUUAACAUUUGCAUAUUUAAAAACGUGCUCACCCCAACGGUUUUCAUUUGGUGUCUUAAAACUAGCGUCUGAAAACUUUUUGUGGGGGAAAAGCUUUUUGUGGUAUGAAAACUAAAGUCAUUUAAACACACUGUUAGAAGCUACCCGGAUUUUCAGGCACUAAUGCAGGCACAAUCAGCUGUCUAUGUCCUGUUAAUGGGGACUUUGGCACGACUGUCCUAUCCUCUCAUACUUGCCGUGAUCAAAUUCACUGCUGAAUGAGCUCUGUUAGUACAUGCCGACAUGGGGAGGUAUUUCCACAGCGAGGUGGACAUUAAGAGCCCGUGGCAUCAGGUGCUGGCUGCCUUCUGGCAGCGCUACCCAAACCCAUACAGCACCCAUGUACUCACGGAAGAUGUCCUAUACCGCGAGGUCACCUCCAGCAACCACCUGCUGUCCAGGCGACUGCUGACGAAGACCAACCGCCUGCCGGGCUGGGCGGAGCGGGUCUUCCCCAUGCACAUGGCUCGGGCGGUCUACGUCCUGGAAGAUUCUAUCGUGGACCCUCAGGCCCACACGCUCAUCACCAAGACCUGGAACCUGAACCACAACACGCUGAUGACUGUUGUGGAGCGGUGUCUGUUUGAAGAGAACCAUGGUCGGCCAUCUUGGACCAAAUUGAGGAGGGAGGCCUGGAUCUCCACAGCUGUAUAUGGACUGGGUCGACCCAUACAGUUGGCUAGUGACCAGGGAGAGUCAUCAGAGAAGCAGAAGCCCCUCCCACCACAAGCCACGCCGACCCCCAACCAGAAACCCAAACAGUUUGUCUGAACCUCAGUAGGAACAACAAGCCCACAAUGGCUCGUUUGAAGAGCAGCACUAAAACUGUGGGGCAUCCACUCAUCCUCAGCUCUGAUUGGUGACUCAUUAGCUGAUACUGAUUACUUUUCAAAGUCACCAAUCAGAGCAAUGAACUACAAUAAUUCCCAGGAUUCCUUGGGACUGAUUUAAUCAUCUUAUUAAAGUUUUAGUAAUUUAUUUUUUUUAAGUUUGCAGUUUGUAAUUUGUCAGUUAUGUAAUGUAAACAGGAUAUUAAGUUAAUAAUUUAAGUUUAUGUUGACUUAUUUUUGUUUUUAUAUUUUUAUAUGGAAAUAGUUUUUUUUAUCUUAUUUUGUAGAAUUCUCUGAAUGAUUAUUGUCGUCUUGAAUUUCUUUGGGACCUCCCACAGUAAAUGUCUUAAGAGAUUUUCUAUCAAUAGGAACGGGUUUACAUCAGAUUCAGGUAGUUUAGAAUCAGACUGUUGUAGAAAUGCAUGUUUCAUAGUAUCCAUAUGCCAGUUUGAGUAGAUGUUUGUUUUCUGGUGGUAUGGCUCUGAUCUUAAAAUUCCAAUAGAUUUAUGUUCUGGAUAAUUGGCCAACCCAUUGAGACCAAGGGGAAGGUCAGAGUUGAGUUUUGUUUUGUCUCAUGCUAAAGAGGAUAUUGUGUUUUAGAUGUAGUCUUAUCCGUUUUCCCAUUUUUCCAUUUGGUAGCUCGAAAAAGGGUUGUCAGUAACCUGGUGUAUGUUAAUAUUGCAGCAUGCCAAGCUGCAUUAUGCAAAAUCAACCUCUGGGGCUAACAAAUAAAGCUAAUGUUAAAGCACUGAA